UUCCUCUGAGAGGCCUUUUACAGUUAGACUUUCUAAAACAGAUAAUGUGUUUAUCUGUCAAGAUUGGCUUUGUCUAAAAUUAUACCAAUCAAACACCUCCAGGCCCAGAAACUGAGACUAGAGAUCUGGGAGAGGAAGACAGAGAAAGAAAAAGAAAAGAAAAAUGAAUUCUUCCAAACCUUCUGCAUCACUAUGUGCAGAGAAAAGCUGCUUCUCUCACCAGGGCUGCUUUUGGACUGUGGCUGGCAUCUCCAUCCUGCUUCUCACUGCCUGUUUUAUCACCCGUUGUGUUGUAACAUAUCGGAGCUUUCGAAUUUGUGAUGAGAAAAAGUUACAGCCACAUAAAGAUUAUCAAGUGAUUUCCUGCAUCAAUUAUGGAUCAGGGUCCCUUAAGAACUGUUGUCCACUGAACUGGAAACAUUUUCAGUCUAGCUGCUACUUCUUUUCUACCGAUGUCAUGACCUGGACAGAAAGUUUAAAAAACUGCUCAGGCAUGGGGGCUCAUCUUGUGGUUAUCAACACAGAGAAGGAACAGGAAUUCCUUUUCUAUGUAAAACCUAAAAACAAUGAGUAUUUUAUUGGAUUAACAGACCAGGUGGUUGAAGGUCAGUGGCAGUGGGUGGAUGACACACCUUUCUCUCUGAGCUUCUGGGAUGUAGGGGAGCCCAACAACAUCGUCAGCGUAGAGGACUGUGUCACCAUAAGGGACUCUUCAAACCCACGGAAAAACUGGAAUGAUGUAACUUGCUUCUUCACUAAGUUUCGGAUCUGUGAAAUGCCAGAAAUAAAUCCUUUGCCCUAAGAAAAUGAUUUAAGGACAGGAGGCGCAGCACAAUGAAGAGAACCAAGCAUGACCACAGCCAGAAACCCUGUGAGAGACUAUGCUCACCGUACACCACGUGGACGCCUUAAGAAUUCGGUAUUGUGAUAAAAAUAAAAUAAGUAGCUCUUAGUGUUAUAAUUCAUGAUAUAUACUGAAGUGUAUGUUUCUCUAAGUUAGUCCAAGUUUCUUUUGGGGGAAUUUACAAAGAAAUUCACUAAUAAAUGCUGGGAGAGGAAAGGAAUGCUCCUUUUGAUAUGUUUGUGAGUAUUUUUGUGAAAGUACAAAAACAUACAGUGAGUACAGAGCGUAGCAAAGAAUAUUUUUUUAAAUGCCUUUGAAAAAUCAACUGAAAGUAUCCUUCUCUAAGUCUGACAAAUCUGUCUUCUUUUAUAGUUUUUAUAUCUUCUGGGCAGGCAAAUAUAGUUUCUCUCUCUCUGUACUAGUGAGAAUCUUCCUCAAGUUGUGAUAAUUAUGCCUUCUCUAACAGCUCUAAGAGUGCAGCCUCUUAGAGGAAGCCUGGGGUGGGCUUUCUGGUCACAAGCAAUAGACCCUCUACAAAGACCUGCUGUUGCAAACAUUGCAAUAUCCCAUGCCUGGGCUGUUUCUCGCUGCCCUUUCCUACAUUGGGAUUUCACCCCACCAUGGACUGCCGACUCAGAUAACACUGGAGCUUAACAGUGAAAUUAUUCAGAAAGAAGAAAAAAACACAUAUGUACUCUUUCCUAUCCACUUGCUUCAUGAUAUCAAUACAAAUAAGGCUACCAGCAUGACCACACCCACAAGCCCUGUGAGAGAAUAUGCAAAUAAGGCUCCAGCUUUUAUAACAAUGUUUCUCCUGUGUAGCCAUAAAGAAACCCACUCAGCAUUCACACAUUGGAGGGAAUGUGUAAUAUUUGAAUGGAAAAAUGAAACAGACUAUAAGGUCUUUCUGUGAAAGGAAGAAGUCACAAUGGGAGCACUGACUACUUCAGUACAAAGAAGUUCUGCCCAUUUGUCCCACACAGGGCUUGAGAACACACAGUGAAUUGUAUGUUGUUUGUCAAGAGCAGGACUUACUGCCUGGUGAGGAUACAUCUGCAGCAGGUGUCAAGCAUGGUAGGGGGAAGGGGUGCAAACUGGUCUCCGCUCAAAGCAGCAUAACAGUGGUCAAAUUCCUUCACUUUAUUUAUUAGAUUUUAUUUAUUUAUUUUUUAUUUAUUUAUUUAUUUAUAUUUUGCUAGAACCGGGGAUUGAACUCAGGCCCUUGCAC